AUGUUAUGUACCGUCUGUCAAGAUCUCCCAAAGCUAGGGGAGGAUGAACGAACCGUCCGCAAGACCCAUCACCGCACAUACGCCAGCCUGCAGCACUCUAUCGAGAUAGGCUGCUACAUGUGCCAAAGGCUGUGGAACUCACUCUCCGCCGAACAAAAGGUUCUGGUUUCAGCCUUUUCUAUCGACGAGGAUAAGAUGGAAAUUGAGUCAGCGUCAGGUGAAUCUGGAUUUUCAGUAAUAUCUUUAGAAAAGUUCUAUCCAGAGACGUAUCAUUUGAAAAUUGUCGUCCAAUGUUUGUCAGGACAAGCAAGAUAUUAUGGAUGUAGUGAAUUUUUGCAGUCUUUCAAGGGCUCCUUAAGAGCCAUGACACACGGAGAAAUUGACGAUCUUUCUCCGAGCACAAAAUCAGCCAGCACGCUGACCCUCGCUCAGAAAUGGAUUGCAGACUGCACAGCAAACCAUCCCCGAUGUAGCAUACUCGAGAAGAGGACAAGAUGGUAUCCAACACGUCUACUUGACUGUGGGAAGUCCACGACCUUAGAAGGGCUGACAACAGAGAACUACUCCCAACUCAGCGAUGAGAUCGCGCUAUUGAGUCUACCCAAGCUAUACCAAGAUGCUGUAUAUAUUGUGAGAGUCCUGGGGAUUAGAUAUCUGUGGAUUGACUCUCUUUGUAUCAUUCAGCAAGGUGACGAUUCCACGGAUUGGCGGCACGAAAUCACACUUAUGAGCGACGUGUACCUGAAUACGUUUUGCAACAUAUCUGCAGCCGAUGCCCCAGAUAGUAACCAUUCCAUAUUUUAUUCUAGGGACCCUAGCCUCGCUCGCCCAGAAAUUUUGAACCUCGAAGUUGGUAGUCUCUGCACCCCUUACCACACUCGGGACUCAUAUUUCUGGAAGGAUGAAUGUUCCAAUGCUCGAAUAAACACUCGGGCCUGGGUCCUCCAAGAACGGCUUCUGUCCCCACGUCUUUUGCACUUUGGUGCAAAUCAAGUACUGUGGGAAUGUCGUGAGAAGGAUGCUGCAGAGAUCUAUCCCAACGGUCUGCCACGGGACUUUGUCUCACCUCUUAGGCCGUUUAAAAGUAUUUUUCAUGGGAGUUCGUCAGAAAGCUUGACUCAAGGUAGUCUUGCCGGGUACGAGAUUUGGAUCACCAUAGUUCAGGCUUACACAGCUUGUAAACUCACUUUUCCUAGCGACAAAGUGGUAGCUCUUUCUGCUAUAGCGAAGGUGAUGGCUAACAUUCUCGAUGACGAGUAUGUAGUUGGAAUGUGGCGUCGCUACUUGGAGCGUGAACUGCUAUGGGGUUUGAUAGAUAAACCCAUGGCAUCGGACGAAGACAUUCAGACUGGAUCGGAAUCAUACCGUUCGCCGAGUUGGUCAUGGAUGGCCACGAAUAAAAGAGUUAGGCCUGGGAGGGUAGACGUUGAGCCAGAAGAUAUGUUGAUUGAAGUUGAAGAUCUUAAAUUGAGUUAUUCAAUGCACAGCAACGCUGGUUUGGUGCCUGGAGGAUGGUUGCGUCUGCGGGGUAUGCUCAAGACUCUGAAGCUAUUGCGCAACCCUGAUAAUUCUGAGCCCGGUCGGCCUGCUAACAUUUGGGUUAUGGUCGUCGGUGGAGUGCCUUUGGCUAUCAACGGAAGAAGAGGGCGGGAACGGCAGCCCGAAGUUGCUUUCGAUCAUUUCCACCACGAUUUUGAUAAGCAGAACGCAGACGGGACUCUGUAUUGCAUGCCAGCGAAAUACAAGAAUAAAAAAAUAUUCUAUGUCCUGUUGCUGGAGGCGGUUGAUCAAGAGCGAGCUACCUUUCGUCGGAUAGGACUUGGAUGCACGGGGGCAAGCGCUCUAAGAUCCCACAUCCACCACAUCAUGACAUCCUAUGACAACCAGCCAGAGCACCUGUGUGCGCACUACUUGUGUCGGGAUGGUUUACAUUCGGUGAAAAUCAUAUGA